AUGGGCAAGUUGCGGCAAUGGACGCCCCCAGAGACGGAGGAGAUGGAUCCCCUGGAGCUACGCGGGGUCCUGGACACCCUCUUCCCGGCGGGAGGCGGGUGCCCGGGACCCCCGGAGUGGAUGACCUCCGAGCGGCCCCAGGAGAUACCGGGGAUCGGUCCGGAGGAGUGGGCGGGGAUCCUGCGCCGGCUGCGGGGCCAACAGGCCCCGGGGCCGGACGGGAUUCCCAGCCGGGUCUGGGCCCUCGCGAUGGAGGUCCUGGCCCCGCGAGUGAGGGCGCUCUUCGAGCGGUGCCUGGCGGAGGGACGCUUCCCCGCGGCUUGGAAGAGGGCCAAGCUGGUCCUCAUCCCGAAGGGCGGCGGAGGGGACGUGGCGGCGGUGCGCAAGUUCCGGCCGAUAUGCUUGCUGGACGAGAUCGGCAAGCUGUUCGAGCGGGUGAUAACGGGCCGUCUCGUCCGGCACCUGCCCGGGGGUGCUCCGGGUGAGGAGGAGAGACAGUUCGGCUUCCGGGAGGGCCGCUCCACGGUGGACGCCGUGUUGAGUGUCGCUGGAGUGGGUCGACCGGGACGGGCGCACCAGGACCCGCGAGGUGGAGCGCGGCGUGCCGCAGGGGUCGGUCCUCGGACCGCACCUGUGGAGGCUCGCGUACGAGCGGGUCACGCGCGUCCUUCUGCCGCCCGGCUGUCACGUGAGGUGUUACGCCGACGACACCUGCGUGAUGGCCGAGGGUCCGAGCUGGGGGGAGACGUCCGGCCUGGCGGAGUUGGCGGUGGCGGUGGUGGUCCGCGCCAUCAGGGAGGCUGGGCUGGUGGUGGCGCCGCAGAAGACCCAGGCGAUGUUCUUUUUCGACCAUCGCCGGGGUCUGCCGCCUCCGGCCGAGAUACGGGUCGGCGGGGUCAGCGUCCCGGUGGGGACCAAGAUGAAGUAUCUUGGCCUCACCCUGGACGGCACCUGGUCCUUCGGGGAGCACUUCGGCGGGCUGGCGCCGAGGCUGGAGGGGGCGACCAACGCGCUGAGUCGCCUCCUCCCGAACCUCGGGGGCCCGGAGACGCGAGUGCGCCGCUUGCUGGUGGGAGCGGUGCGGUCGAUCGCCCUGUACGGGGCUCCGGUGUGGGCGGAGGACCUCGCGGCCUCCCGGCGGGCCCUCCAGGUGGUGAGGGCGGCCGAGAGGCGGCUGGCCGGGAGGGUCGUGAGGGCGUACCGCAUCGUCUCUCACCGAGCGGCGCUGGCCCUGGCGGGCACCCCCCCCCCGUGGAGCUGUUGGCGGAGGGACACGCUAACGCGUACCUCCGCCGGCGGGACCUGCGGGAGAGGGGUGUGGUGCUGACGGCCAGGGCAAAGGUGGCCCUGAGGGAGCAGGGGAGGAGGGCGGUGCUGCUUAAGUGGCAGCGGCGACUCGCCGACCCGGGCGAAUCGGGUCGGAGGGUCGCCGGGGCCGUCCAGCCCAUCCUCCGCGAGUGGGUGGACAGAGGAUGGGGGACGUUGACCUACAGGACGACACAGGUUCUCUCCGGACACGGAUGCUUCGGGGAGUUCCUGUGUCGUAUCGGGAAGGAGCGCGGACCGCACUGCCACCAUUGCGGGGCGGAGAGGGACACGGCGGACCACACCCUAGCCGAGUGCGCGGCGUGGGGUGAGGAACGCCGUGUCCUUAAAGACGUGGUAGGGGAGGACCUCUCGCUGCCGACCGUCAUGAGGAAGAUGGUCGGGAGCGAGAGGAACUGGAGGGCGGUCUCCUCCUUCUGCGAGCAGGUGAUGCUGCGGAAGGAGGAGGCCGAGCGCGAGCGCCGACCGGGGGUCGGCCGGAGGGGUCCCGGCCACGGAUGA